ACCAAGAAACCACAAAAUAAAAACAACUUCAUAAAAAUAUGAAUUCUCCAGGCUUUAAAAUUUCUUCGUUCUUGCCAUUCCUUUUCAUUAUUUAUUUCCUGUCAUUCUCUAAGGCAAUUUCAGCCGAUCAUCAUGAAGAUUUUGUUGAAUGUCUUCACCUUCAAUCUCAAGACUCGAAUUCCAUUUCCAAAAUCAUUUACACUCCUAUCAAUUCUUCAUACUCUUCUGUCUUGCAAUUCACCAUAAACAACCGUAGAUUCAAUACAUCUACAACUCCAAAACCUCUAGUUAUUGUCACACCUUUGAACAUCUCGGAUGUUCAGGCUUCCGUUGUGUGUGCUAAACAAUCCGGUUUGCACCUUAGGGUUCGAAGCGGAGGCCAUGACUACGAGGGACUUUCCUACGUUUCGGUUCUUCCGUUCGUUAUUAUUGACCUUAUCAAUAUUCAAUCCGUCAAUGUUGAUGCAGUAAACCGCACUGCAUGGGUUGAAUCUGGUGCAACUAUUGGUAAAGUUUAUUAUAGUAUUGCACAGAAGAGCCGAACCCUAGCUUUUCCUGCUGGUGUUUGCCCUACAGUUGGUGUUGGUGGGCACUUUAGCGGCGGAGGAUACGGAGUUUUGCUCCGUAAAUUCGGCCUCGCUGCAGAUAACGUAGUUGAUGCGUUAUUAGUCGAUGUUAAUGGUAGAUUACUUGAUAGAGAAUCCAUGGGAGAAGAUCUUUUCUGGGCUAUUCGCGGCGGUGGAGGAAACACGUUCGGAAUUGUUGUUUCCUGGAAAAUAAACCUAGUUCCGGUUCCCUCUACAGUUACUGUAUUUACAGUGCACAAAACAUUGGAACAGAACGCAACUCAGCUUGUGAAUCGGUGGCAGUAUAUUGCAGAUAAAUUUGUCGACGAUCUAUUCAUCAGAAUAAUCAUCGAAAGAGUCAACUCCUCCGGAAAAACAACGGUACGAGCAUCGUUCAACUCGUUGUUUCUCGGUAGCAUCGACAGACUUCUUCCAUAUAUGCAAGAGAAUUUCCCAGAACUCGGUCUGGUGCAGCAAGACUGCAUCGAGUUGAGCUGGAUCGAGUCAAUUCUCUACUUCGCCGGGUUCUCAAACUCACCCCGCGAGGUUCUGCUCAAUAGAACACAACCAACUGUGAGAUUUUUCAAAGCUAAAUCUGACUAUGUAAAGCAACCAAUGCCCGAAACAGUACUCGAAGGUAUCUGGGACCGCCUUUUCGAAGUCGGUUUAGGCUCCGGACAACUGAUCCUCAGUCCAUACGGAGGAAGAAUGAGUGAGAUUUCAGAAUCCAGCCUUCCAUUUCCACACAGAGCUGGAAAUAUAUACAAAAUUCAGCAUUUGGCAUGGUGGGACGUAGAAGGAAUUGAAGCAAGCAUAAAGCAUAUCAGUUGGAUCAGAAGGCUUUACAGUUUCUUGGCUCCGUACGUUUCAAAAAAUCCAAGGCUAGCAUUUGUAAAUUACAGGGAUCUUGAUAUUGGUGUCAACAAUUUAGGCAACACAAGCUAUAAGCAAGCAAGUAUUUGGGGUAAGAAGUAUUACAAGGCUAAUUUUGACAGGUUGGUCCAUGUCAAGACUCAAGUGGAUCCUGCUAAUUUCUUUAGAAAUGAACAAAGUAUCCCACCUCUAUCAUCUUGGUAAUUUAUCAUAUAAUUAGCUAUUGAAUUGGGUGCAUGAUGUAAUGUAAUUUAAUUAAUAAGCACCGUUUAUUUUUAUGUACUUAAAUGAAUAAACAAAUUUGUUUUGUAAGCAUGAUCAUUUUCAUGCGUUAUUGUAUUAUUUUAUUGGUUUUAAAUUUGAAUAGAAUUUUCCUUUUUCCUUCCUUUUAA